AUGAACAUACGUCUGUCAUCGUUUAAGCGAGACCACGGUCUGAAAGAACUGCUGUCGCCCGACACCUCAGAAUUUUGGCACACCGAUGACAACCUGCCACACUUCGUAAAGUUAUCGUUCAGCAAACGAACGUACAUCGAUCACAUACAGCUUACUCUUUCAUACUUCAAGGAUGAUUCUUAUACACCCGAGAAAUUGGACGUGUUUGCUGGCGAUACAACUGACAGUAUGGAGAAAAUAUUCUCGUUGUCGUUGUUUGAGCCGGAAGGUGCCGUUUUGUUGAUGGUCAAGAGCAGUGUGUUUUACAUUUACGUGGUGAUUGCUGCCAACCACCAGGAGGGAAGAGAUUCGCAUAUUAGGCACCUGAAGGUGAUAGCUACCAAUAACGAGGAGGUUAUACCAAAUUUGUAUUGAUAAUCGUGGAAUAAAGCACA